AUGAUUUUUUAUUAAUGUAAAAGAGGAAUUCAGUUUUCAUUUGCUCUUAAACUUCUCAUUACUGCAAGUUUCUCUAAUGACAUUUAUUUGAUAAUCAUAUCCUCGGUGAAUAUAUUUACAAUAUUAAUGAUAAUGAUAAAGAAAUUUACACCUUUUUGGAAAUAUUUACGAAUAAUUUUACUAUUAGAAUUAUGCUUUAAUGAUUAACCUUUUGGACCUGUGAUUAUUGCAUCAAUUAAUUACAAUAUUAAAUAUAAGAUCGUAAUCUUGUCUUAUUACAUAUUAAGAGUAAGUUUAAUAUUUUUUAAUACAUUCAAGAUUAUUGAUUGGGUUUACAUAGGAAUUCUUUUUAUUGGAUUCAAUGCAUACUUUUACUUUCAUGUAAUAAUUCUUUUAUUUUUAGAAUAGAAAAUAAUCAGACAGUAAAAUAAAUUCUCAAUCUUAAAGGAAAUUAACAUAAUUUGACAUACCAUCUCAAAAUGAUUCCAAUGAUAUGAUUGAUUUCUUUAAUUAUAUCCCUUUAGGAAUAUGUUUAUUAGAUAACAAUUAUCAUAUAAUUAAUUCUAAUCAUAAAACAAAAAAAUAUUGUUAAAAUAUCAAAGAAGAUAGCUUAUAAUAACAAUUGUUUUUGAUGAUAUAAAGGUAAAGUAAUUUAUAAUAUUCAUAUUUAGAGCAUGGAUUCAACAGUAAUAAAUUCCUAGUGCUUUACUAUUCGAAAGGAAAUCUAUUUUCAAUUCAUCUGAGGAUUAUGGAUCAGAAUUUUAAUUAAGAAGAAUGUAGUCUUUCAGUUAAACGAGAAAAAAAGCAAUUUCAUUUACUUCAUGCAAAUAAUAUAAUAAUAUUAUUGAUAUUGAUUAAAUUAUCAAUAAAUUCAAAUCCAAAGGCAUAACAGGAAUUAUCAAUCUUAACUCUCUUAAGUACAAAGACUAAACCAGUUUUAAAACUUACGAGAUCAAGAUUAUUGAAAUUUCAAAAGGGUAUUUAAUCAUGAUUAAAAAUAUAACAAAAAAGGAAAAAUAAAUUGAUAUGAAAGAUAGAUAUCAUUUUCAAUAAAUGCUUAUUAAUUCAUUUUCACAUGAAUUGCGUACCCCUUUAAAUUGUUCUCUAUCUCUCUUACAAACAUUAGAAUAAUAAGUGAAAUCAGAUAUUAAUGAUACAUAUUUAAAGCCUGCUAUAAUUUCAAAUAAAAAAUUGUUACAUCAAAUAAAUGAUAUUUUGGAUUUUGCAAACUUUGAAGUAAAAACUUUCAAAUUAAGGCCUACAGUUUUUAAAUUGUCUAAUUUAAUAAAUACAAUCGAAGAUUAUUUUAAGGCAGAAUGUUAAUAAAAGGAAAUUAAAUUUAUUAUAUAAGCUUGUGAUGAUGCAUAAAUUAGAAGUGAUUUAGAUAGAAUAUUAUAGAUUUUAGUUAAUUUAUUAAACAAUUCCGUAAAAUUUACAAAGCAUAAAGGUGUGAUUUAAUUGAAUAUUUAAAGAGUAGGAUCAUUGUAUCAAUUCGAAGUAUAUGAUACAGGAUGUGGUAUUUCCCCUGAGAAACUAUUUUUAAUAAAUAAAAUACUCUAGAAUUCAGAAGUGGAUAUUGCAAGAAGAGGAGAAGAAGAUUAUAUUUAAUAUGUAGGUUUAGGAUUGAAAGUUUCUAGUUAAAUAGCGAGAUAAUUAUGUGAUAGAGGCGAAUUGAGUAUAACAAGUUAAUUAAAUUAAUUUACAGUAAAUAGAUUUAUUGUAAAGGAUUUAUAAUCUUACGAUUAAGUAUUAACAAUUCCAACAGAUGAAUGCAUUUAAGAACCAUAUAAAAGCAAGAUUAAAAAUAAAUGUAAUUGCUUAAAUGUAUUAAUUGUUGAUGAUAUUCCUUUUAAUCAUUUAGCUUUUAUCACUGUUUUAAAAUACUUUAAUGUUAGAAGUGACAGCGCAUAUGAUGGAUCAAUGGCUAUUGAAAUGGUUAAAAGUCGAUAUAAAAAUUGUUCAUGUACAUAUAAAAUAAUUUUUAUGGAUAUUGAUAUGCCUGGUAUUGAUGGCUAUUAGACAACAAAAGAAAUAUAACAAUUUUUAUCAUAGAAUGAUUUAAGUUCAACUAUUAUAAUGUGCAGUGCAUUUGAUAGCAAAGAGAAUAUUGAUUUCGCCUUUAAAAGUGGUAUGAAAGAUAUCCUUCCAAAACCAAUAGAAACUUGUCGUCUAAAAAAAAUACUAUAAAAAUACUAUUUCUGA